AUGAACUUCCAGGCAAUGGAUUACUUGAAUGGGUUGAACCUUGACUUUGAUGUCUCCCCAAACAUCUCUGAAAACAGCAAUGAAUUGGAUCUCUUCACACACACCGAGUUUUUUGACCUUGACGUAUUCGCCAAGGAUGCUCCAGAGGGUACCAAGCAACAGCAAGCACAAUUUCAGACCAGUCCUGAUGCGCAAUUCGCACAAGUGCCAUUACCAGCACAAGCGCAGCAACAACCUCUCACACAAACUCUGACUCCAUACAUAGAAUCGUCACCACAAAGCACACAAUACGACGCCACAAAUGACGAUAAGCGUAGAAGAAACACAGCAGCUUCUGCUAGAUUUAGAAUCAAGAAGAAGCAAAAGGAGCAAGAGAUGGAAUCCAAGGCCAAGAAGCUUCAGGACACUGUUUCCAACUUGGAGAAAAAAUUGAAAACUUUGGAGAUGGAAAAUAAAUGUCUUAAGAAUUUGAUCUUGCAACAAAACGAAAGAAAGAAUUCGGAUUUAUUGGAAAACAUCAAGAAGAGAUCCAUUGAAUCUCCUGUGUAUCAGUUCACCAACUAA